AUGGCAUGGACGCCUUUCCUGGCUGCUUUCUCUGUUGGCCUGCAAGACUGUGAUGAUGCAGAGGUUGCUUCCCUCUGUUUGGAUGGCCUGCGGUGUGCCAUCAGAAUUACUUGUAUAUUUCAUAUGACUCUCGAGAGAGAUGCGUUUGUACAGUGCCUCGCCCGUUUUACUCUUCUUACUGCUAACUCUCCCCUUACUGAAAUGAAAGCCAAGAAUGUUGACUGUAUCAAAACACUCAUCACAGUGGCACAUACAGAUGGUAACUACUUAGGAAAAUCAUGGUUGGAGAUCCUAAAGUGUAUUAGUCAGCUGGAAUUGGCGCAGCUGAUUGGGACAGGUGUUAAACCACAGUACAUAAAAGACUCAGGACUAAAAAUGCCUCAUGAAACUUCAAACUUCCUGGAUGCUUUCCCAGAAUUCAUUACAGGGGAGCAGAAGAAACUUGCACAUAUAAAAGAAUCUAUGGGAGAAACCUCGUCUCAGAGCGUUGUUGUGGCGGUAGACAGAAUAUUCACAGGGUCCACAAGGUUAGAUGGAGACUCUGUUGUCCAUUUUGUAAGAGCUCUGUGUUCAGUGUCCUUGGAAGAGCUAGCAGCACCAUCUCCGCGCAUGUUUUCUUUGCAGAAAAUUGUAGAGAUCAGUUACUACAACAUGGGUCGUAUCAGGUUGCAGUGGUCCAGAAUAUGGGAGGUCUUGGGUGAACACUUCAACAAAGUUGGCUGCAAUCCAAAUGAAGACAUUGCUGUGUUUGCUGUAGAUUCCCUGCGGCAGUUAUCCAUGAAGUUCAUUGAGAAGGGUGAAUUCUCAAACUUCCGCUUCCAGAAAGAGUUUUUGCGUCCGUUUGAACAUAUAAUGAAGAAGAAUAGGUCUCCAGUAAUCAAAGACAUGGUGGUAAGAUGUAUCACGCAAAUGGUAAACUCUCAAGCAAAGAACAUCAAAUCUGGGUGGAAGAAUAUAUUUAGUGUAUAUCACCUAGCAGCAUCCGAUCUAGAUGAAAAUAUUGUUGAACUAGCGUUCGAAACUACAAAAGAAAUCAUAUCUCAAAUCUACCAAAAGCAUUUCAUGACCGUCAUAGACUCAUUUCAAGAUUCUGUUAAGUGCCUAAGCGAAUUUGCAUGCAAUGCAUGUUUCCCAGACACUAGCAUGGAAGCGAUAUCACUCAUCAGGAAUUGGGCGAAGGAAUAUGUGGAUGAAAAACCACAGGUAUUUCGUGAUCACAACAUAGAAGACAUAACUGUUUGUUCAGAAGAUCGAGUAUGGGUUAGGGGCUGGUUCCCCAUCUUAUUCGAACUUUCAUGCAUCAUCACACGCUGCAAGUUGGAUGUCAGAACAAGGGCAUUGACUGUAUUAUUUGAGGUUGUGAAAAAUUAUGGAGGCUCCUAUGAAUCACACUGGUGGAAAGAUCUCUUCCAGAUUGUGUUCAGAAUAUUCGAUAAUAUGAAACUUCCAGAACAGCAGACCGAGAAAAAUGAGUGGAUGACUACAACAUGCAAUCAUGCACUGUAUUCUAUUGUGGAUGUGUUUACGCAGUAUUUUGAAGUCCUCAGUCCCAUCCUGUUGGAAGAUUUAUAUACUCAACUUCACUGGUGUGUACAGCAAGAUAACGAGCAGCUAGCGCGAUCAGGCACCAACUGUUUGGAGAAUCUUGUGAUUAGCAACGGGCCCAAGUUCACAGAGAGCACAUGGGAUAAAACGUGCCAGUGCCUUCUGGAUAUCUUCCACUCUACACUACCACAUGCACUCCUUUCUUGGAGACCUCCAGAAUCCAGUCCUCAGCUUCAGAAUAGUGGAGGAAAUGUGAAUGGGGACUCAAGAGCAUUUAGUGGGCUGUUAAUCCGUUGUGUUGUCCAGUUGGAGCUAAUUCAGUGCAUUGACAACGUUGUAUUCUUCCCUGCAACGAGCAAGAAGGAAGACCAAGAAAACCUGGCUUUAGCUCAGGCUGGUGAUGACCCUAUACCUGUUUUAAGAGAACAAAGAGAAGACCAAGGGAUGUAUCGCCAUCUUUCCUCAAGUCAGCUUUUCACCCUCCUCGAUUGUCUCAUGGCAUCACAUUCUUUUGCUAAAUCCUUUAACUCAAAUCAUGAACAAAGAAACCUCUUGUGGAAAGCUGGCUUUAAGGGUAGUGUGAAGCCAAACCUCCUCAAACAAGAGACCCAAUCGUUGGCAUGUGCGCUUAGAAUACUCUUCCGCAUGCUGGGUGAUCCGUCCAGAGAAGAGGAAUGGCCUCAGGUUCAAGAGAGACUAAUAUCUGUUUGUCGCUCAGGCCUAGAGUAUUUCCUUAGUUUACCUGAAUCGCACCGUGAAGCUUGGACCAACCUUAUUCUUCUGUUCCUAACAAAUAUUCAUAAAAUGUCCAAUGACCAGUUUGCAGCCCAUGCAUCCAACUACUAUCCUUUCCUGUGCGAGAUAAUGUGCUUCAACUUGAAGCAUGAAUUACGGGCUGUGUUGCGGCGUUUCUUCCUGCGAAUUGGCAUUGUGUUCAAUAUAACGCAUCCGAGCAUCCGCAGCCACACUAUGUCGACUUCAUCUGCAAACUCCGUUUCUCAGAGAGAGAGACUACCCAGUGAACAAUAAUGUUUAGUUAUAGAAUAGAGGUUGCCAAAUAAGUUAAUUAUGAUCACUUUUUAAAGACUAUCGGUGACUGUACAAAUUUCUGCAUUGUAAAAGUCGUGGAAGACAUCGUAGAUCUUGUAAGGUAUUUCAUAAUGAAACUUUGUACAUUCUUUGGGAGAAGGUUUGUGGUGAUGACUUUUGAGUGCAAUGAGAAUGUUAGAAAUACUUUGAUGAUGUAUUCCUAGAGUUAGUAAGCGUGUUAUAUUUAUGCAUAAUUUUAUAAGAAAAUAUCGGUUAAAAACUGUAUAAAAUUCUGAAAUGAGGCUGAAUUGUUAACAUUUUUUUUUAAAAGGAGCAUUUAAACUAUUUUCAGAUUUAAUCAUGUUGUAUAAAACUACCACAUACAGUAGGGCAGUACGUAUAUAUAAACAGUAUAUAGUAUUGGCUAGUAGAGUGGACUGUUGAAUCA